GUGGGGGUCUUCUCGCCCCGGCUGUCUCGAGUCUCGACGGAGCGAUUUGUGUUUAUUGGAAUAAGCGACCAACGGUCCCCAAUGGCCAGAAUGGGAUCAAAGGGAGCUACGGGAAAUUCUCCGGACUCAGAAGAGGAAAUGGAAGAAGAGCGCAUAGCGGAGCGCCCUGAUGUCAACUCUGACUCCGAAGAUGACAUGAAAGGUUUCGAUGCCGAAAAAUUGUCGGCGGCAGAGUCGAAGAAGAGAACUGGUGGUUUCCAGUCGUUAGGCUUGAAUCCCAGUCUUCUGAAGGGUAUACAGAAGAAAGGCUAUAGGCAACCAACCCCGAUUCAAAGAAAGGCCAUUCCUCCGAUUCUGGAGAGGCGCGAUGUCGUAGCCAUGGCUCGAACCGGCUCUGGGAAAACAGCAGCGUUCUUGCUGCCUAUGUUCGAGAUACUCAAGACACAUUCACCAGUAACGGGUGGACGUGCUCUUAUCAUCUCCCCAACCCGAGAACUCGCGAUACAGACGCACAAGUUCUGCAAAGAGCUCGGAAAAUUCACCGACUUGCGGAGUGUUGUGAUACUCGGAGGUGACUCCCUGGACGAUCAAUUCGCCGCGAUGCACGAGAACCCUGACAUCAUUAUCGGUACUCCGGGCCGUCUUCUGCACCUCGUUAUGGAGAUGAAUUUGAAUCUCCGCAUGAUUGAGAUCGUGGUUUUCGACGAGGCAGACAGACUCUUCGAGAUGGGACUCCAAGAACAGAUGACGGAGAUCCUGAAUCGGCUUCGUGAUACUCGACAGACGGUACUUUUCUCGGCGACGUUGCCGCGACUUUUGAUCGAUUUCGUUCAAGCCGGCCUGAAAGAUCCGCUCCUGAUCCGGCUCGACGUCGAUUCGAGGCUCCCGGACACCCUCAGAACCGUCUACUGGGUGAUGAGAGAGGAAGACAAGUAUGCCGUUCUGCUUCAUCUCCUCAAAGAGCUCGAAGUGGGCGACAAUCUCACCGUUGUCUUCGUCCCGACGAAACAUCACGUGGAGUACAUUCGAGAGAUUCUCGAAAAGAUAGGGAUAUCGUGCGGCUGCGUCUACAGCUCAUUGGACCAAGUAGCAAGAACGGUCGCUGUGAACGCUUUCAAGUCGAAAAGUCUGAAGAUCCUCCUGGUGACGGAUGUGGCAGCUAGAGGUAUCGACAUUCCUCUGUUGGACAAUGUAGUCAACUUCAGUUUCCCCGCCAAACCAAAACUCUUCGUUCAUCGAGUGGGACGGGUGGCCCGAGCGGGUCGUUUUGGUACGGCUUACAGUUUCGUCAGUGCUGACGAAGCGUCAUACCUCUUGGAUCUUCACCUAUUCCUGGACCGGAAGUUAACGUUCCCAGAGCCCAACAUGGCCCAGGACGAGGAUCGUAUCCUCGGGUCGGUGCCGCAGUCAAUUAUCGACGAGGAACGAGCAAAUCUCGAUAAGCUGCACAGUCUGAGUGUUGAUAUAAGCAACUUGCAGAAGGUCUGUGCGAACGCCAUGAUCCAAUACCGAAAGGCAAGACCCAAUUCAAGUGCUGAGUCCAACAGAAGGAUGAAAGCUCUUCUGAAGGGAUCGGUGCCCACACAUCCGAUGUUCGCCAAGGACUCGACGGACGUUGCCCGGGAGGACAUGUUGAGUGCUUUCAAGAAGUUCAAACCAAACGCGACGAUUUUCGAAAUCGGCAACACAGGGAAAAGCGAGGCAUCAGCCGUCAUGCGGAACAAACGGCGAGCGCACGACGACCUCAUAGAACGAUCAGCGUCUAACGACAGAAGUGAACCGAUCCUGGCGAAACAGAGCCCGGAGGACAAAAAGAGUACGCUGGAGGACGCCGACGAGGAUGCGAUCAAAAAAGUGUUCGCGACGGCGAGCUGGAAAGUGAGCAAGAAGAAGCGAGCGCGGGAAAUGAAGAGUUUCAAGGACACCCAGUUCUACAUUUCACCCUUGCCGGCUGACCACCACUUCGAGAACGGAUUGAAUGUCGAGAAGAACUUCUCGCGAGAGGCGCAGAGCGAAGUUCUCGACCUGAUGGGAGAGGACACCGACGACAUCAGAAAGAAGAAUAAUCGCAUGAAAUGGGACCGAAAGAAGAAACGAUUCGUUCGGGAGGACGAUGGGAACAACCCGAAAAGCAAAAUGAUACGAACUGAGAGUGGAGCUCUAGUCCCCGCUUCGUAUAAGAAGGAUCUCUACAAACAAUGGAAACGGAAGAACAACAUUGAUCUAAAGGACAACCACGAAGACGAGGCCGAGGAGGGAGACAUGUUCGGGAAACAGAAUCUAUACCGACGGGAGCUCGGAGUGAACCAGAGGUUCCAGCCGAAGUUGCGCAGGGUCCAAAUCGACGAGAAAACAGGCAAGAGGAUCAAAUCGGAGCUCAAGAGGCCCGAAGUUAUCCUCAAAGAAUACAAACGGAAGAAACGAACGCAGCACCAACAGAAAAUGGCCAAGAAAAAUCGGGAACAGGGUAGAACACGCCGGAGGAAGCCAAGAAUAUAAUGUGGCAUUUCCGAGCUUGAAUAAAGCGCUUUGUUAAA